AUGGCCUUCCUGUGGAUCCUCUCGUGCCUCGCCUUCGUCGGUGCCGCCUACGGUUGCGGCUCCCCCGCCAUCUCUCCCGUGAUCACGGGUUACUCUCGCAUCGUCAACGGUGAGGAAGCCGUGCCACACUCCUGGCCCUGGCAGGUGUCUCUGCAGGACUAUACAGGUUUCCACUUUUGCGGUGGCUCCCUGAUCAACGAGAACUGGGUGGUGACGGCCGCCCACUGCAACGUCAGGACUUCCCACCGUGUCGUUCUGGGCGAGCAUGACCGUUCGUCUACCGCUGAGGACAUCCAGGUCAUGAGGGUCGGCAGGGUGUUCAAGCACCCCCGCUACAACGGCUUCACCAUCAACAACGACAUUCUGCUCAUCAAGUUGGCCAGCCCGGCCCAAAUGAACAUGCGCGUAUCACCCGUCUGCGUGGCAGAGUCUGGAGACAACUUCCCUGGAAGCAUGAAGUGCGUCACCACUGGCUGGGGACUGACCCGUCACAACGCCCCCGACACGCCGUCCCUCCUCCAGCAGGCCUCCCUGCCUCUCCUGUCCAAUGAGCAGUGCCGUAGAUUCUGGGGCAACAAGAUCAGCAGCCUGAUGAUCUGUGCUGGAGCCUCUGGAGCUUCAUCCUGCAUGGGUGACUCUGGCGGCCCCCUGGUCUGCCAGAAGGCUGGCGCUUGGACCCUGGUGGGCAUUGUGUCCUGGGGCAGCGGAACCUGCACACCCACCAUGCCCGGUGUCUACGCCCGCGUCACCGAGCUGCGCGCCUGGAUGGACCAGACCAUCGCCGCCAACUAA